ACAACCACUGCAGAUGAUAGCAUUGGCACGGUAUGGAUGACCGAAAGGGCUUUUCAGAUGCCAAUCCACCGAAGACGUUCAUGUUGCCAGUGCGAAGCCGUCGGUGGAGGCAGGGUAAUCAGUCCGAAGGAGGGUGACAAAGUCUGGCUAAACCCAUUAAGCCGUCGGGAUGACCGGGAAGUUCACAGACAACCCAAUACCCGCGUGAAUAACAUAGGCACUCGCUGCCAUAGCCUGCAGCAUGGAGUGGGGCUUCAGGCAGGAUGUGAUGCUUCGAGCCUAUGAAGUAAGAGAAGGCGUUGAUGGACGUGUC